AUGGCUGGUCCAUCACAUGGUCCUGCAAGCUUCUGGACUCAAGCCAAUGCUCUGCUCAGAAAGAACUUAACUUUUCAGAAACGAAAUAUGAGGACAAAUAUUUUGCUCGUUUGCUAUCCUACUUUGCUCUGUAUACUAAUUGUUGUCUUCCAACAUGUUUAUGAUAAUGUCAUAAAACAUGCCAAAAAAUGUGACCCAAAAACCAAUUUCAAUUGUCCCACUCCCGAGAUUCCAGUAACACCUCCACUGUUACAAGUGCCAAGAUCUCCCUAUCGUGCAGUCAGAACUGAUUUUUUCCUAUUUAAUGACUUGCCAGAUGAGUCAUGCAGGAGGAAUGGUUCUUGUCCUGCAACUAUUCUUCUCACAGGGAAAAAUCAUUCUCUUGGAGAAAUUUUGGCUGGGACCAUGAUUACAAGCUCUUUGAAUACCUCUCAAAUUAUGGCUAGUUACAAUGACCUGGGUAGUGUAGCUGCCAAUGUUCUAGGAUCAUCAUCAAUGCCUCCUCAAUAUUUAAUUCCUUUAAAAUUUCUAGAUGAUAUAAUCUAUCUUGUCCAACGUCAAUGCACAAACAACUUUUUAACUAACGUUGUUGAUCCUGAAGUGGAUCCAAGAGAAUGUGUCAAAGGUUUGGUUUUGUGGCGCAAUGAUUCUACUUUGGUAAAUGAUGAGUUAUAUAAGGGUUAUUAUAAAGGGAAUCUACAUGGAAAGAUUAAUGAGAUAAUUGCAGCCUAUGAUUUUCUAAACUCAAACAAGAACAAUUUUAAUGUGAGCAUCUGGUACAAUUCAACAUAUGGUCAGACAGGUGACAAUGUAUUGCUUCGAAUUCCACGCUCAGUGAAUCUGGCAUCCAAUGCGUACCUUCAUUUUCUGCAAGGGCCUGGUACACAAAUGUUAUUUGAAUUUGUCAAAGACAUGCACCAACGAACAGCCAUUCCCAACUUGGAUAUCGCUUCUCUUGUUGGUCCUCUCUUCUUCACAUGGGUUGUUCUACAGUUAUUCCCUGUUGCUUUGAAAUCAUUAGUUUAUGAGAAACAACAAAAACUAAGAAUCAUGAUGAAAAUGCAUGGGCUUGGAGAUGGGCCUUAUUGGAUGAUUUCCUACCUUUACUUUCUUUUUGUAUCUUCGAUCUACAUGUUGGUUUUCGUAGCAUCUGGUGCACUUCUAGGCUUAAAAUUCUUUGGAUUGAACGACUUCAGCAUUCAGUUUGUGUUUUAUUUCAUAUAUAUAAACUUGCAAAUUUCAUUGGCCUUUCUAGGAGCUGCAUUUUUUUCAAGUGUUAAGACUGCUACAGUGGUAGCAUACAUAUGCGUCUUUGGAACAGGAUUUUUAGCAAGUUUCCUUUUCAUGUCUUUUGUUGAAAGUAACUAUUUUCCAAAAAUGUGGGUUAUAGUAAUGGAGCUAUAUCCAGGAUUUUCUUUAUAUCGCGGGUUAUAUGAGUUUGCACAAUAUGCUCAAUUGGAUGGUGGGAUGAGGUGGGAAGAUUUGAACGAUAGUGAAAAUGGGAUGAAGGAGGUCUUGAUUAUCAUGUUUGUCAAUUGGUUGGUGGUGCUUUUUGUUGCAUAUGGUAUAGAUAGAUUUGUGUCACCAGGAAGCGGGCCUCUGUUAUCUUUUUGGAAGCCUAGUUUACAAAGUAAGGACUCCACACUUAAUGUUCAGAUGGAUAAGGCUGAUGUUAACCAAGAGAGGGAGAAGGUUGACCAACUGCUACAUGAAUCAAGCACAAGCCAUGCCAUUGUUUGUGAUAACUUGCAAAAGAUAUACCCAGGAAGUGAUGGAAACCCUGAAAAACUCGCAGUGCAAGGACUAUAUCUUGCUGUGCCUAGAGGCGAAUGUUUUGGUAUGCUUGGUCCCAAUGGUGCAGGCAAAACCUCUUUUAUCAAUAUGAUGAUUGGACUUACAAAGCCAACCACUGGCACUGCAUUUGUUCAAGGUCUUGAUAUACGGACUCAUAUGAAUGAAAUAUACACCAGCAUGGGUGUAUGCCCACAGCAUGACCUGCUUUGGGAAACACUAACAGGGAGGGAGCACUUACUAUUUUAUGGGAGACUUAAGAACCUUAAAGGUUCUGCAUUAACACAAGCAGUAGAAGAAUCUCUUAAGAGUCUCAACCUAUUUCAUGGUGGAGUUGCUGACAAACAAGCUGGAAAAUACAGUGGUGGCAUGAAGAGGAGGCUAAGUGUAGCCAUUUCAUUAAUUGGGGAUCCUAGAGUUGUCUACAUGGAUGAACCAAGUACUGGAUUAGAUCCAGCUUCAAGGAAUAACUUAUGGAAUGUUGUGAAGAAUGCAAAGCAAGAUCGGGCAAUUAUUUUAACAACUCAUUCAAUGGAAGAGGCAGAGUUCCUCUGUGAUCGAUUAGGAUUCUUUGUUGACGGCAGCUUGCAGUGUAUAGGAAACCCAGAAGAGCUGAAGGCUAGAUAUGGAUGGUCUUAUGUGUUUACAAUUACAACAUCUUCGGAUCAUGAAGAAGAAGUGGAGAACAUGGUGCAACAUCUUUCACCAAGUGCCAGCAAGGUAUACCAAUUAUCUGGAACCCAGAAGUUUGAGAUACCGAAAAGUGAGAUUAGAAUUGCAGAUGUAUUCCAAGCAGUUGAGACUGCAAAGAGAAAGUUCACUGUUUUUGCUUGGGGUUUGGCUGACACCAAUAUGGAGGAUGUUUUCAUCAAGGUUUCACGUGAGGCCCGUCAAUCCAACACCCUGACAUGA